AGCUGUUGCAAAUCUCAUGGCAGAGAGCACGCAGCUUGUGGGUCCUGCAGUUCCUAGGUCGCCCGAUGCUGGCAUGGCGAGGCCCUUGAACGUAUCUGACGCGCUGGGAUAUCUGGACGCCGUGAAGGUGCAGUUUCAGGACAAGCCGGAUGUGUACAACCACUUCUUGGAUAUCAUGAAGGACUUCAAGAGUCAAGCGAUUGACACCCCAGGUGUCAUUCACCGUGUUUCUACGCUAUUCCAGGGGAACCCGACACUAAUACAAGGAUUCAACACUUUCUUGCCACCGGGAUACAGGAUAGAGUUAUCAUCUGAUCCCAGAAACCUCAACGGCAUCACCGUCACAACUCCUACUGGCAUCAUGGACCCAUUCCACCAGCCAAUGAGGCACCCUCCUCGCGAACCCCAGCACUUACCGAACGCAAUGCCGCCACACUUUCCACUGCAUCCCCCGUUCGCUGGGCAUGCGCCACCACCAAUCCUUCCCGUCGGACUUGGUCCUGGGUCGCGGCCAACGACCCCACUGAACCACGGCAUUCUUCCACACGCGCAGUCUGCUUUCAUGGACGCGUCGCGACCCUACUCUCCCGCCAUGCAAGGAGCUCAUUCUGCUGCCGCGUCCUUUCUGGGAGGACUUGGUAAUGGCCGUACGGUUGAGAAAUCUUCUGUCGGCGAAUUUAACCACGCGAUUCAAUUCCUAAACAAGAUUAAAAUUCGCUACUCCGACGAGCCUGAUAUCUACAAACAGUUCCUGGAGAUCUUGCAGACAUAUCAGAAAGAGCAAAAGCAGCUACACGAUUCGCAAGUGUACGCGCAAGUCGCAAGGCUCUUCCGGGACGCACCGGAUUUGAUGGAGGAAUUUAAAGACUUCUUGCCAGAGGCUCUCGGACAUUCAAUACAGCCGCAAUCCGGCUUAGUCGGGAUUAUGCCGCACCCCGCCGCACCGACGUCACCUCCCACAUGGGAUCUGCCUGACGCGCCGCUCACGGGUAUGGAGAAAGCGACGAAAGCACCGAACAGGCGGCGCAAGCGCGCCGUGGACAAGGAUACAACGCAGUCGAAGGCAGGCGGGAGCAGGGCUGUUAAGCGGACGAAGCUCAAUAAUAAACAGGCGGAUGCCGCAUCACCGAGGAUCCCUCCAUUUCAGCAACGCCUUCCGACGCCUGAGCCCUUACAUCCGUCACAGCGCCACACGAAUGAGGCACCUCAAGUGCAGCAGCACCUUGCGCCGCCAGCAGCUGUCCCAUCUCAGGCCGGUUCAGGAAUGAACGGCGUAUCCCAGAUGUCCCAGCAGGACGAGCUCUUAUUUUUCGACAAAACCAAGAAGACUCUGGAGAGCGCGGGCACGUAUGAGGAUUUCCUUAAGCUUAUUCAGGCCUUCGCAAAGGAGGUCAUUGACACCCAUGCGCUCAUCCAGCUGUCCGGACCUUUGCUUGCGGAUGGUGACCUCUGGCAACAGUUCAAGGAGCUACUUGGCUGGGAUGACAAGAAGGGGAACGUCGAGUACGGGCCUCCAGGGAGUAUACGCACCAGUGCCCCAGACCCGCAGGCUCCUACUUGUCCAGACGACGAUGAAGGACCCAGCUAUCGUCGCCUGCCCCCUCAUGAAACUAAACUCGCUUGUUCUGGUCGCGACCAGCUCGCUUGGGCGGUGCUGAACGACGAGUGGGUCUCUCAUCCGACGUGGGCGUCUGAAGAAUCGGGCUUCCUCACGCAUAAGAAGAAUUCCUUCGAAGAGACAUUGCACCGCAGUGAGGAAGAGCGGCACGAGUACCAGACUCAUAUCGACUCCAUUACUCGCAUCAUUGCUGUUCUCGACCCCAUCAACACCCGGAUAAAUGAGAUGAAGCCCGAGGAGCGCUCGCAGUUCAGGCUGGGUUCCGACCUCGGUGGCUGGUCUCCUGCGAUUUACCAGAAGACUCUGAAGAAGGUGUACGGACGUGACCACUGGCCAGAGAUUUACGUCGGCCUACAGGAAAAUCCCGUAACCGCUGUUCCCAUUGUGCUAUCGAGGCUGAAACAGAAGAAUGAAGAGUGGCGCCGUCAACAGCGAGAGUGGAACCGGACAUGGCGGGAGGUCGAUGCAAAGAACUUCUACAAGGCACUGGAUCAUCAGGGCAUCACCUUCAAAGCCAACGACAAGAAGAAUAUCACUGCCAAGUAUUUCGUACAGGACAUCGAGUUUAUGAAAGCUGCCCAGGUCAAAGAGCGGGAGGAACGGAAGGACUUUCGCCUUCUAGGGUACCAACUUGAAUAUGAAUUUCAAGAUCGUGAAGUUCUCCAAGACACACUCAAGAUGAUCUACUCUUUCUUGGAUCACUCGACAUCGCAAUAUGGCCCUUCGGAGCGGCGAGGCAUUGAAAAUUUCCUCAAGUCCUUCCUUCCCACCCUAUUUUCGUCUUCUUCCCUGGAAUUCGAUGCUCCCGUGAUUCUCGCGCGGCCUCCUGAGAGCGGUACCAGCAAUGACCUAGAAGUACCUGCAGAGGUCUCGGAAAUGAAUGGUCGGCGUUCGGUACCAGGCGCGCAGUCGUCUGGCGUGCCAGCUGGCGACUUACGGAAGAGACUUCUGAAGACGGUGCAGGAGGGCACGUCCAGCCGUGCCGUAAAGCAGUCUCACUCUGGUUCUGUAUCGCCGGUCACGGCGGGCAGCCCGAGGACGCCCAAGGGUGCUAAAUUUCUUGAGGAAGCCGUGCAAGACUCAAAUAUCCACUCUAAAGCCGAGGAUAUGUGGAUUCGCGAAAUACCUGGCUCUGCGCAAGGCGGCGAGGCUGGCGACGCGCCCGUCCAAAAGCGCCCGUUCUUCACGAGCACAACUUUCUACACCCUCCUGCGGCUGAUUCAGCUCAUGUACUCUCGCCUACUAAUAUGCAAGGGGAUUGGCGCAGAGAGUACCCGAGAAAAGCACGCCUCGCUAUUGGCCAACCCUGUGGCUGUCGAGCUGGGAUUGGACGAGCCCAACGGUCCAUCUGUCAUUCUUGCACAGGCCAUCGAAGCUGUGGGCACCACUGCCGACGGCGGUAGCGAAGAGCCCAAUGUGUUGUACCUCUACUUCCUGGACGCGUGCGAGAAAGUCUUCGCCAAUGAAUUGGACCAGGCAACAUUUGAGGAACACAUGCGGUGGUUCUUCCGGACGAAGGCGUACCAUGUCUUCACGCUGGACAAGGUUGUAACGGCGGUUAUCAAACAGGUGCAAACGAUCCUGGUUGACAACAAAUGCCAGGAGCUAUGGGAUCUGCUCGAGAGCAGUCGCGCAAAGGAGAAUGUAACGCUCUACGACAUCAUCAGGUACAGGCGCGAGGCCGAACACCAUGUCGGGUCGGACGAUCAUCUGUAUCGAGUCGACUGCGAUCGCGAGUCUCGGAAGCUGCGCAUCCAGCUUCUGAGUAAGGACGACCCCAGCGCGAACGAGGAUGACUCCACUGAAGGGCGCUGGCGCGAAUAUCUAACAUCGUACGUUCUCCGACAUCCGACGGAGUGGCUUCCUCGGCGGUCUUUAGGGAAAGGGCCCCGACGUGGUCCAGUAUAUCUGAAACGGAAUCUGAUCGAUACAGACGUCGAGAACAGACAGUAUACGAAUGAAGCGGGGCUGUGCAUCCGUGUGAGUUUAGGCUCGUACAGGCUCUUCUAUGAGGCCGGCAAGGAAGACUCUCUGUUCCAGAGACGAAGCCCGAGUGAGGAGGCAACAUUGGCGGCGCGGGCGCUUGCACGUAGCGAAGAGCGGCGGCGGAGCAGAUGGUUAAAAUAGGAGAAUUUGUCUAGGUUUCAGUAUUGUAGCAUAAUUUAAGCUUUUU